GCGUUUGAUAGACGAAAAUGAAAAACUCAAAAAUAUGUUGGAAAAGCUUGAAGAGGAAAAAUCAGAGCUUAAACAAAAAAUCAAAGAGCUUACUGAGGACAUUUUUCAAUUACAAAAACGCUUACAAGAAGCGGCCACAGCCGAAGUUAGCGACAAAGAAUCGACCGAUCCUCUUUCCGAACUAGAUAAACAAGAAGAUUUACUGAGAAACAUUAACACGAAAAACAAGCAUAUCAAACGUUUACUGCGGGAAAUAGAGGCACUUCAAAAUCAAAAUAUCGCCCAGUCCAAAACAAUAAUAGAUUGUGAAGCCGAAUUGCAACAGUGCAAAGCGAAAAUCCUGCAACUCUCCGCCGAUAUAACACUCGUCGAUAGCCAACGAAAGGCACUGAAGGAAACGGUUAACGAAUUAAAUAUUGAAAUAGCUCGCUUGGAGAGCAACAUUACCUACCUCGAGGAGGAACGUGAGAAAAGCGAACGUGAUUUGAAGAGUUUCAUUGGAAAAUUAGAAAUGAAAGCGCAAUCUUGGAAGAAUAUGUUGGAUGCAAAGGAUAAGGAAGUGUUGAAAUUAAGUGCGCAUCUCGAAAAAACUGAAGAACCGGGCAGCGAGUGUUUAACACGUUCAGAAAAUGUUUGCCCAACCAAUGACGAAGGACAGUCUACUAAGCUUUUGCAUGCCCUAGAAUGCCGUGAUAAAUAUAUCGAGUCCUUAGAAUUCAAAAUUAAACACUUGGCCGAAGAAAUGAUGGCUGCCACCAAGCUAAUGAAUAACCUGUCCGCUGAAAAGGAAGAAGCGCGUAAUCCAAAUAAACCACGGGCUUGCUGUAAAAUUAUUGAGGAAUCACUUCAUGUAGCAAACGAACGUUGCCGCCAACUAUCGGAAAUGUUGGAGCGAAGCGAAGAGGAUAACGCGCUCAAGUCCAAGCAAGCUAUGCAAGCUAUUUCAGCGCUUGAUGCCUACCAAAAUGGGGAAGACGGUUUGGUUAAGGCAUUGCGUAAGUGCACCGUACUGGAACAGAAGGUUAUUUCACGGGACAAACAAAUACGUGCACUCAUUAUGGAACUUAAUUCCAUGCAUGAAAUCGCCAAUGAAAAUGAUAUACUACGCAAGCGCUUAAAUAUACCGGACGACAUGGUCAUAUCGGCGAAAAAUCUAGUGGCCAAAGCACGCAACAAAGACAAAAUGAUCGAACGUUUAACGUUGAAACUACGCGCCUCCGAAGAGAUGCGGCUACAACUGAAGUUGGAAAAGAGUGAUCUGAGAAAGGAACUGCUGGAGCUGCAAACCCAUCUGCAAAAGCAAGCUACAGCUAAUGCGGAACAGGACGGAGCUACUAUGGAUAAUCCGCACAGUCCAAGCGAAGUGGGCGAGCUUACAGAUAGUAUAAACAACGCCAACAAUGCAGAGAUUAAUAACACAAUAAGUUUCUGCGCAAACUGCAAACUUUCUCUAGAUAUACCGGAUGAAGCGAAUCAGGUCGUGGCUACUACUGAGCUUAAAUACCGCGAUGUGCUAGAUGAAAAUGACACAUUACGCGCUGGCAUGAUGGAGAUCUUGGAAAAGCUACGAGAAUAUGAUGCUGCAUCCGACCACAUCACCAUUGACACGGAAAUGCUGUACCGGCUACUCGAAGCGCUGCGCACUAGCUCGGUGCCAGGUACACCAAAACGGCUUGAAAAUGAAUUGAAAGGCUUGAAGGCGCGUGAAGAGGCUUUGCAAGCACUUAUAAGAGAACAAACGCAAUCUCACGACCAAAGAGGUAUAGAUACUGAUGAAUUAUGUUCUGUGGAAAGCAUACGCGAAGGCGGCGAGCACAAUGGUUUUGACGAUCUAUCUAUACAUUUACCCAAACCUUUGGAUUCUUCCACUCGUCCCACUACACCAAAUAAAGUCCUUAAGCAAAACGAAUUAGUAAUGGAAACAAACGAUCAACUCAUUUUGGAAAUCGGUUCGAAUAAUUUGAAACAAACAUUAGAAGAGUUAGAAAUCUAUCGUAAGGGCUUUGAAGAUCUGCAAGCACAACUGAAGGCAAGUGAAACUGAAUUGGCUAAACAAUGUGCUACUCUGUCCGCUCAACUCAUCACCACUCAACUGGCACUUAAGAAAGAGAGCAAUUCUUAUGCUUUUAUGCGUGAAGAAUAUGAUAACACACUCAGCAGGUGCAAGGAGAAUGAGCUGCGUCACAUAAAUGAAGUGAGCUCGCUACAAAAAUGCUUGGACGAAGCAAAGCAUAGGUUAGCCCACAUGGAAGUGGAAUACGAGCGAAUACUGAACGCUAGCAACCAUAGCAAGGAGGAUUAUUUUCAAGUGCAGGCGGUCAAUUCUAAUUUACGUUCUCAGUUAGCUUUUAUAAUUGAGCAAUUAUUUGCCGGUAAAUUGGCACCCGAGUUACACAUAACCGAUAUAUGUGCGGAUUAUGGCAUUAUUAAUGAAAAUCUACAAUUGGACUAUUUAACCUUUGAGGAGUAUGAAAACCUCCAAAAAUCGCUGAAAGAGACACGCCAGCAUCAGGAAGAAUCGUUGCGUAAGUGUGAGAGGCUUGAAAGUUUGCUUGAAAUUUCACAGACUCAAAUUGUAUCUCAACAAAAGUUGCUAAAUGAGAUCACUGACAAUCAUGUCAAUCUACGCCAUCUCGUGGCCGAUCUACAGAGUAAUACAGAAGAGAAAUUAUUGUUGGCGAAAAUGCAGCGAGAGCUUCACAGGGCUAAUCAGGAGUUAUCGGAUUUACGCUUUGACUUUGACCAACUAAAGCAAAAGUGUACCACAACAGAGCGCGACACUGAAUACAAGCAACAAGAAAUUACCGAAAUCAAGAAGAACUUCCAAAAAGAACGCAAUGCGAUGGACAUAAAAGUCCGGUUUCUGCAAAAAUCAGUUCAUACUUUGCGUAAAAAAUAUGCCAAAUUUACUCCACUAAUCUUCCUAACCAAUUUCGUGUUCGCAUAUACCAAAUUCGUAAAGAAAACUCUACAAAAAGCCGAAGGUGAUAGGAAGGACGAGCUCAUUCAAUCCAUCAAAGAGUCAAUCGUGGCUUCAAUAAAUACUGAAACUGCGUCCAUAGAUGAAAAUUUAAUCAAGCUAAUUCAAACAGAGACGAAAUGUAAACUACUCGCGGCUAACUUAAACGAUCUGCAAAACAAAUUCGACUCCAUGCAAGAGGAAUUAUUGGAACAACGAAUUAAUUCUGCAAAGGAAACCGAACACUGGCAGACGAUAUCGGCGCUCUUCGGUCAAAGUACAAAAGACAGCAAUACAGUUAAUGCUGAGGACGUAUGUGAUAGAGCUGAAGAUGAGGACAAAGUAGAAUUAGUUCAUCAAACUCCUAAGCUAUCAACAGUCGCUACGAAUACCGAAACUCCAGUACCAGCUCAACGGAAGCUAUCCGACUGCAGAACUCCUGUUGCUUUAAAGAAAAAGCCAAGUGUUGAGUUGGUAGAUAAGAAUCUUUCGCCCAUUGGUUCGCCCAUAAGAAGCUUAACUACUGCUGAUGGUAUAACACAAACUUAUGAGGAACGGUGUGACAAAGCGUGUGGGGAGGAAAAUAUAACUCUAGAUGUAACGUAUCGAGAGAAGAAUGGUGAUGAGGGUGAGUGCACUUCCCAGGAGACCACUGUAUCUACGAGCGUCCUGGCAAAGACACAUGAAAAAGUGGAAUAUCGAAGUAUACAAACUGAAACUGAUUCCUGUAUUGAGCUGGGUCUUCAAGAGGACGAUACGUUGUCCAAAAAACUUAACCAGAAAAUCGCAGAACUGCAAGAAAACAUAAACCAAAGAGAUUUAGAGCUCAAAGGAUGCAAAAAUGAGCUUCUUACGUGUAACAAACAAAUUGAAGAACUUCAGGGUAGGCUGAAUCUACACCAGUCUUCGGAUGAGGCCACAAGCGAUGUCAAGGCGAAUACCGAAAGUAGCACAACCACAAAGAACGAUAUUAUCGAAAAAACUAUAAUAUCAUUCCACACAUUACUCAGUGAGAAGGAUAAAGCCAUAAGCAAAUAUCAAGACAUCCUGCAAUCGGAGCGUGAACAAAUCAAAAUCACCACCAAUCAGUUGAAUAAUGAUAUUGAUAAUCUCAAAAGUACGAUAACCAACCUGAACUUCAACAUUAAAACAAAAGAUUUAGAGAUACUCGAGCUGAAGACGAAGCUGGAAGUUGUUAGUGUACGUAAAAACUCCGCGGAAAAGCUGGAUCUUGCUACGGAGGCAGCUGGUGGGGGUAGUGAGGAGAGUGGAGACAAUAGCUUGAAUGAGUUAACAGAUGAGAAAAUCGAAGAAAUGUUCGAACAAGUUCCCACACCGGAAUCAACCGGCACACAAAAUAUCGUUGAGUCCGCCGCAAAGAAGAACAAGCAACACUUGGAAAAACAAAACGAAGAAACAUUGAAGGACCUGAAAGAGAAAGCUUGUUAUUGGGAGAAAAUGCUAACUGUUAAGGAGGAAGAACUAACGGUGCUAAAAGAGAAAGUGAAUAUUUAUGAGGAGCGUGAAAAGUCGUUGAUUAACACCGUAAAUCCGCAAUUGGAAGAAAUGAAGCAAUUAGUUGAGGAGAAGGACAAGCAUAUUAAUGAUCUUACAGAAACACUCAAUAACUUUCACGAGGACCAACAACGUUACAUCAAAGAUUCAUCAAGCUAUUCAGCUGAACAAAUAUCCAAAUUGCACGCCGAUCUCGUGCGCACCGAGGCUACAAACAAAAUUUACCACACCCAAGUCGAAGCGCUGCGUCGGCAAAUCACAAACUUGACAGAGCGGGAGAAACAAGCACGUGAACUCAAUCAAUCGCUGCGCAAUCAACUGAUAAAACGUCCUGUAGUAUCCAUCAAGACCGAACUGAAUGCUCGAGUGAAAACUGAAAACUUGCAGAAACGCAUACAUACGCUCGAACUGGAACUGGAAGAGUCUCGCUCACAAAUACAAAGGCAACAGAUCGUGCUCGAUGCCAAACGAGCUAAGAGUGCCUCCGAAGUAGGUUUGUGGGAAAAGCAGAAACGUUGGCAGCAGAAUGCUGAAAAAUUCAAAGCAAAAUACGAAGAAACCGAAGCUGCCUUGGAGAAGACACGCGGCCUGUUGCAAUCUGCACGCAGCAUGAUCGCACGCUUAGAGAAGGAGAAACAAACACUCGAAAUCCGAUUAGGCCGAUCAGGACAAUGUGGUGCAUUAACCAUGAAAUGUUGUCGCAUGCCAUCUUGUCCGAAUCUUCAACAUCGUGGCAAUAAAUACACAACGUCUGAGAGUCCAGAAACGUAUACAGGCGCCAGUAGUGAGUGUAGCUCCCCAGCACAUAGUGCGAUAGAUCAUCACAAGCAUUUGCAGCAGACCAGCCAAUUGUAUACCAGAGAUGGUAGAAAUGGUGUUUCAGAGAAGGAUCAACACAAUAUUCAGUUGAUAGAGGCUCUCAAGUCGAGAAUUGAGCUGCAGCAACGUAAAAUUCUUGCCAUUGAAUUGUCGGGCAAAGGUAGCAAUGCUUUAACUACUGAACUAGAGAAAUUGCAGGAGAAGUUAUCAGAGAUUGAGGCGCAGAAUAUACGACUAGAGGCGAAAAAUUUACAAUUACAACUAGAUAAUGAUUUACUACGACAAGGCGAUGCAACAGAGCGCAUGGAGAAACGUAUCAAAUAUCUGGAGGAUUAUAUCAUUGCUUUGAAAGAGGAAAUGGCACAAGCGGAAGCUCGACGGGAACUGUGUAAAUGUUCAGGUAUCAAGAUAAACACACAACUGGGUCAAUCGGCGGAGCAAACCAUUCUUUCAUUGCGCGGUAUUGUAGAGAAACUCCGCGCUGAAAAUAAGUUUCUAAAAGAUGCCAGGCGAUCAUGCGAAUCUCGAAAUAUGAAUGAAUUAAAUAAUGUGGACUUUAAUAAAUUGAAAAAACUAUAUUCGGAAUCACUUGAUAAAGUGUCCAGUCUACAAAUGGAAUUAAAUAUGAGAGCGAAAUGUCAAAAUUGUACCAAGCAGGCGGAUACUCCUGUUAGAGACGAGAUGUCCUUUAUCAAGGAACAACUUAGUAAAAAGACACAACUUUUGCAAAAAGCUAAAGUUUUACUCACCCGCGCGGCAGCUAAGGAAAAAGUAUUGAAGGAGCAACUUUUAAUGUGGAAGCUUAAGUGCUCCGAACUUCAAAAUGUUCCAGUGAUAGAUGAGAUAAAAACAAUUAUAAUGGCUCCACAUCGUGAACCAAUUAGUGUACGCACAACUCGUUUAAACAAUAUAAUACUCAACAAAGUCUGUUUCGCGGGGCUUGGAGGAAAUGGCGCCAUCCAAAGGAAAUCAAUAGCAACUGCAGCACGUCGGAGUGUAUACGGUACUGGGGUAGUAAGUAAUGUCCUCACGGAGACUGUGACACGCGAAGGUCUUUUGGAUGCAUUAUACGUGCUAUACAAUGAAUGUAAUAAAGAAUCUUUGAAAAAACGAGAUCGCAGUAUCGCCGAAUUCGUAAAUAAAUACCGGCCAAUUAUGGAGGAGACGCAACAGUUACGUGCAAACGCUGAAGAUUUUAUUAUAAAAACUUUGAUAGGAAAAGGAUACUUUGGUAAUGUACAUUUAGUAAGAGAACGUCAAACAAACGACGUAUAUGCAAUGAAAAAAAUAAAGAAAUCUGUUGUCACAACAUCCCAAGUCAAGGAAGAACGAGAUAUAAUGGCGCGACGGAGUUCGGAGUGGAUUACAAAUCUUCAAUAUGCAUUCCAAGAUGAAGACAACUUGUAUUUAAUAAUGGAGUUCCUUCCUGGUGGUGAUCUACUUAGCUUGAUGUCACGACAUGGUCCUUUCGACGAAGAACUUGCUCGGUUUUACUUAGCUGAAUUAACUAUGGCUAUUCAUUCCUUGCACGAAAUGGGAUAUGUACACCGUGAUAUCAAGCCGGAAAACAUAUUAAUCGACCGUUUUGGUCAUAUAAAGCUGGCAGACUUUGGUAAUGCUGCUGCUUUAGACCGUGAUGGUCACGUUUUUAGCUUAUCGCCGGUUGGCACACCGGAUUACAUUGCUCCUGAAUUGUUGCAAACCAUAUCCACAUACAAAUUAACAAAGUCAAUGCACGAUGUAAGUUAUUGUUGACAAAAACUUGAUUCUGUCUUCAAAAAGACUUACUUUCUUUAAUUUCAGGUAAGUUGCGAUUUUUGGUCGAUGGGAAUUAUUGGCUAUGAACUUAUAUGUGAAAUAACUCCAUUUCACGAAGACAACGUACAUGAGACGUACUCGAAGAUAUUGAGUCACUGCGAAGAUAAUCAUUUAAAAGAAAUUAUUACCUUUCCUGAAGAUUUGAAAGUGUCGGAAAAUUAUAAAAAUUUUAUUGCAUCACUGGUAACUAAUCCAUCAAAACGUUUGACGUAUGAUAAAAUUAAGGUGCAUCCAUUUUUCAAACUCAUCAAAUGGGAAACACUUCGAUCCAGAGCGCCGCCAAUUAUUCCCACCGUAAAUGGUGACGAUGAUACUUCCAACUUUGAAGAUGUUGUUCGAAACAAGAGACGUACUGACACAUUUGUUAAAAAAUCUCUUACUACAAAUGUACCAUCGAACGAUUUUUGUGGCAAGGAUCUACCUUUUAUAGGCUACAGCUUCGUUUACAUGGCAAAACAUGAUGUCGAUGCCGAAGGAACUGCCGAUGACUCCCGUUACGGGCGUUUAAAUAACAAAAUCAAAGAUCUGCAGUCAAACUUAAAACAACGGUUAGAAGAGAUCAGUAGCUUAAAUCAAAAACUUAGGCGCUACGAACAAACAGCUAAGCAAUCAGAUACGCAGUCCAAAAUAUUACAGGAUGCAAAAGAUGAAAUUAAGAAAAUGAAGAACAUCAUCAAAGAAAAGACUAUGGAAUUGGCAGGUUGUAAAACGCAAAUAAAAACACUACAAAGCUCUGUGAAAGUAGAGGAAGAAAUGUGGGAGAAAAAAGAGGCAACAAUAACUGAAUUGCUUCGUGUGAAUCGCCAAAAGUACGAAGAGGCAAAGAUAGCUUCAGAACAACGUUAUGAGAAACUGAUUGCGGAAAAAAAGCAUGAGCUUGAAAACAUUAUACGGAAACUGGAUAACCGAGAAGCUGAACUGAAUUCCAAAACUGAUGAAUGCAAACAUUUGCAAGAAAAAAUAGAAAACUAUAAAGAAAUGUUGCGACAAUGUAAAGAUCAGGCACUCGUUGACAAGGAGACUUUUGAAAAGAAUAAGUUACAAUUAAGCGAAACUUAUGAGCAGAAAUUAGCAGAGCUUCGUUCUAAACUGAGGCAUGAAAAAGAGUCACACUCACGCCUCACAAUGGAAUUACGUGAAGUGCGUAAUGAGCUCGACGACUCAAUUUGUAUUUCUAAAUCAACACAAGAGUUGAAAAUAGCAACGGAAAAGAAUAACGAUGAAAUACUAAAGCGUUUAAAUAAAGAAAUUGAAGAAAACAAUCGCUUACAUACACAAAAUGGGCAAUUGGAGCAACAGUUAGAAUCCACAAAAAAGGCAUUGCAGGAACAGCAAAAUGAAAUUAAUCGGCUAGAACGUGAAUUGAAUGUGAUUGAGUGUAGCAAAAAUUUGGCACAAUCUGAGCUGGCGACUCAACAAUCCACACCUUAUGAAACGGCACCAGGCUCUUUGACGGAAUUGCAUGAGGAAGGUGAACAAUUGCGUGCUGAUUUAGAAGCAGCAAAGGAGAAUGAAAAUGCCCAAAAGACUCGAGCCGACAAACUUCAAGAGGUAGUUGACAGACUGGAAGAGAUGUUGGCGAAAUUCAAUGAGCAGGCGCUGUCACACUCUCCAAGAAAAGGUGUUACAUGUGAAACUGAGAAUAGUCGACAUCCAGCACCGCGUUAUGUUUCUAGUAGUGUAGGUGAUAUGUUGGAGAAACAAAAUGAGAAAUUAGAAGAUCGACUUGUCGCCGUUCGUGAGCAAAUGAUUGUGGAACGGCAAGCAGCGCGCACCGCAAAUCUUUCUCUCUGGAAAGUGGAAAAGCAAUUGGAAGAAGCAGUUUCAGAAAAGAAAAUGAUUCAAAGGAGAAUGGAGCUCACAGAAGAUAAAAUAAAAAAGAUUCAAUUAGAAAAAGAGGACGCACUACGUCAAUGCAAAGCCGCACAAAACGAAAUAAAGCUAAGAGAGGAGCGUAUUCGUGAACUGCGCGAUGAAAUCAGUUCAUUAAAACGCGAUGUAACCAAGGAACAUCGUUUGUGGGAAAAAUCCGAGCAAGAGCGAAUGAAAUCUAAAUCGGAGAUAUUUGAGCUUUUAUCUAAUGCUCAAAAAUUAGAAGAACGUCUCGCAGAAGUCCGUCAAAAGGUGCAACAGACGCAGCAAAAAAAUGAUGCCAUCCUGCUGGAGAACAAACGUCUGCAACACGAACUAAAGGAAGAGCGGCUUAGGAGUAAUUCAGCAAUUGAUGCAUCGGCGCAUGGUCAGAUGGAGUUGAAAAACCUGCAAGACAACUAUGAACGCCUCAAAUAUGCCUGCACCAUUACAGAUAAUCAACUAACCGAAGUGGAGAGUAUGUUAGAAGCCGAACAAAAACGCAGUAAACAGCAUCAAGAGAAGUUAGAAAAUUUGAAUAAGACAUUACGUAAAAAGGAAGAUACCUUAACGCAGCUUCGAAAAGAAUUGUCUCAGGAGCAAACACAAAAAUGUGCCUCGGAGUCACGAGUGCAAUCUCUUAAUGCUGAGAUUAAGGAAUGCGCCGAAAAUCUAGCGACAACGCAAAAGAAACUUAUAGCGCAACAGCAACAGUUGAUGGAACAAACUAAUCAUCUUUACCAGUCGCAAGAGCGCGUAGAAGUGCUCACAAAUGAGAAUCUAAAUUUGCAAGCAAUGAACGAGAACCAUGAGCGAGAGUUAAAUUUAUUAAAAGAGGAAAAUGCACGCAUUUUAUCUGAAAUGUUCCACGCCAAAGCAGAUUGUGAGCGGCUGCAGCAAGAACUUAAGGACUCACUGGAAAAUGCAAAAGAGCUACAUUUAGAAAUUGAAGAACUGCAGGAAAUAAUGGCCGAGAAAGAAUCUUUUUAUGUUCAACGUGAUAUUAAAUCCGAGGCGACCUUGGCACAGCACAAGAAAUUGAUAGACUAUUUGCAGGUGAAGGUGGAAGAUCUAUCGCAGAAAAAGAAACUUACAUUAGCAGAAAAAAUAUUUGGUGGAAGCGCGUAUAGCAAUACUGGCAAGAAAGAGAAUAUAUCACCAGCAGCGGUUGAAACAUCAAUUUUGUAUCGCACAUUACAGGAAGAGCUGCGUCGGGAGAAACAACGUUGUAAAUCACUUCAGGAUCAAAUUGAUAAACUAAAGGGGAUUGACCAAAUCACAAACACAACAAGCAUUGUAAGAUCUCCUUUGAAGAGUCUGGUUAAAAAUGCGGAUCACUCUCAUGACGGUAGCAGCAGUACGGAGGGGACGUCAAGCAAAUUGCCACUUAAACAAAUCCAAGGAGAUGAUAAGAGAAGUUCCGGUAAAGUCCAAGCCAUGAUCAAAAGUGAGGAAGUCUUACCCCAACAUCGCUUUGAAUUAUCCUUGCUGGAGAUCAACCCUACAGCUAUGGUGUGCAUUGCAUGCGAUAAAGAAUUGGUAGCCGGUUCACCGUAUUGGAAGUGCAGAGAAUGCAAAACUGUGGCACAUCGUAAGUGUCGCAGCGACGUGCAAACGCAAUGUGGCAGCGCUUCAGAAAAUAUUGCAGUACCGUCAACUUCAAAAAAAGCUUCCGCGUGCCUAAAUGAUACAGAUUCGCUCUCAAAAUAUUCUUAUGAAGGUAAAUUAGAUUGCAUUGAUGAUGCUGCUACUGAUUCUACAUCGGAUGCUACCCAUGAGGACUACUGUGGUAAUUUGAUAUUCUGCGUAGAGAUGCAACAAAGCGAAGCUAAUUUAGAGUCCUUGGAAAUCAAUUGCGCCUACGAAAUUGAAGAUGAAAAAAUUGUGCUUCUGGGCUGCAACAAGGGCCUAUUUGCUCUGCAUGUGCAACAACCGCAAAGAUUGAUGCAUAUUGCAGGUAUUGAUUCGGUCAGUUGCAUUGCUGUAUCGUUGCCUCUUGCCAAAGCAAUAUUAGUGGGAGCUUGUGGCGAAUCGCUGUUCCAAUGCGAUUUUCGUCAGUUAUUGUCACGAAGUCAGACAUCCACAUCAUAUGUAAAGAAUGUUUUGGAAGCCUCUGUAUUGGACUUGCCAUUUUGUAAUCGCGCUACCAACGAAAAAUGGCAACUAGUUCAAAUAUCAAAUGAGGCAGAAAAUGCAUUGGAUUCUGUGACUAUAGCAGCGACGUCUUCGCGCAUAGUAAUAAUGCGAUACGAUUUGAAACAACAGAAAUUUGCACCAGUUCGUGCUCUAGAUACCGCUACACCCGUUUCAUCAAUACUCUUCACCCGCCUUACAGCCAUUGUUAGUUCGGACAAGUUUUUUGAAAUCGAUUUAGAGACAUGUGUUGCUGAGGAGUUCGUCGACAUGUCUGAUCACUCAUUGUCGCACAUAAGCAACUGUCAGCCAAUCGUGGCUAUUCGAAUUUCGAGUCAAGAGUUUUUACUUUGUUUUAUGGAAUGCGGUAUUUUUGUGGAUGAGUUUGGCUGUCGUUCGCGACCAUAUGAUUUGAAUUGGGAAUAUACUCCUACCGGAUUCGUAUAUCGUGAACCAUUCCUUUACAUAACUCAUUUCCAAUCUGUACAAGUCGUUCGAAUACAGCGUUCUUAUACGAAGGAGAUAGCCAACGUAAGAGGAAUUAAGGAUAUGGAUGCAGAUGCGGACGACAGCUGUCCUGGCUUAAAGCGCAUUUAUUUGACAUUUUACAUGCCAACAUUGCUGACUGAGAGUGGAAAAUUAAAUGUUUACAUUCUUGCCAUACAACGUGAUACGGGACUACAGCAAAUUUUUCACUUGGAUGCACUUCGGGCCUUUAAACAGAAACUGAAUGAAUCUCUAGAGACGAUUUCCUCAAUGGCAACAGCUAUUACAGCUGGUUCUUGUGCUACCUCUAAUGCGGAUUGCGUCGAUUAGUACGUCGUUUGAAUUUGAAUUAAUUAUCAUACGAGUACUUGAAUGUGAUUUUCUAGGACACGUUUCAACUGAUUAAAUAUUUACUAUAUACUUAUUUCUAUUCGAUUUUAUAUUAAUUAAUGAAAUAAAUUAAUUUAGAAGCACCUAAUGUUGUUGACC